UGUAAGUGCGCGUGUGUCCGCCGUGCCCCGCCGUCAACUUCAUGCUGCUGCAGGGUUUCCAGAAGACGGCCUCCUGUCCUGGUCCGCCCCAGCUCCGCCACCGACGCACUCUGUGUCCUGAGUGUUUCCAUAACUUCAUGUGUAUGGUGUGCUUGGGAAAUCAGCUGAGAGAUCUGCAGCCAUUUCUGCUAUCUUUAACCCAAUUCCACAGACAUCAUGGAGGCACCCCCAGUCACCAUGAUGCCAGUUACUGGUGGCACCAUUAACAUGAUGGAGUACCUGCUGCAGGGAAGUGUUUUAGAUCACAGUUUGGAAAGCCUCAUCCACCGUCUUCGUGGCUUGUGUGACAACAUGGAACCCGAGACUUUCCUUGACCAUGAGAUGGUGUUCCUCCUUAAGGGUCAGCAGGCCAGCCCAUUUGUCCUAAGGGCCCGGCGCUCCAUGGACAGAGCUGGAGCACCCUGGCACCUACGUUACCUGGGACAGCCAGAAAUGGGAGACAAGAACCGCCACGCUCUGGUGCGUAACUGUGUGGACAUUGCCACGUCUGAGAACCUCACUGACUUCUUGAUGGAAAUGGGCUUCCGCAUGGACCAUGAAUUUGUCUCCAAGGGACACUUGUUCCGUAAGGGCAUCAUGAAGAUUAUGGUAUACAAGAUUUUCCGCAUCCUGGUCCCCGGGAACACAGACAGCACUGAGGCCUUGUCCCUCUCCUAUCUUGUGGAGUUAAGUGUUGUUGCACCAGCUGGGCAGGACAUGGUCUCUGAUGACAUGAGGAACUUUGCAGAGCAGCUCAAACCACUGGUUCACCUAGAAAAAAUAGACCCUAAAAGGCUUAUGUGACUAAGAAAUCUGUCCAUCUUUGGGGCCUGUCCUCACUUGUUAGAAAAAAGAUGUUAUAGCCAGGCGUGGUGGCUCACACCUUUAAUUCCAGCACUUGGGAGGCAGAGGUAGGAGGAUCGCUGGAAGUUCAAAGCCACCUUGAGACUACAGAGUGAAUUCUAGGUCAGCCUGAGC